UCGGUUUCCAUGGGUUCGAUUCUUCAAUUCGUGGAAAUCAUGCCCACCCCUUGCUUAAAAGUAGAGAGAACCUUCUCCGGAUCGCUUUCCGUUCUCUCAGUUUCACUCCACGGUUAGCAGUAAAGAGAACCGCUGCUGCAAGGAGCGUCACAAGCCUCCCCAUUACCGAUCGAUCCCCGAAAGCUCCGACCGGCGAUGUCGGCGGCGGGGAAGCAGCUGCAGCCGCCGCAAUCGCCUUCGCCCUCGUCUCUGUUCACCAUCCGAGGAUCUCUCCUCGCCCUCGCCCUCCUGACCCUCAUGUCCUUCACCCUCGUCUCCCUCAAGUCCCUCCACUCCACCGCGACCCCCGUGAAGUUGAGCCCGUCCUUGGGCUCUCAGAAGCUGUGGAGCGACGGUUUGGGCGUGGGCGACGGGGAUUUGUCCGAUAUCUACCACUUGCCCGACGUUUUCCGGCUGAACUAUGCGGCGAUGGAGAGGGACUUCAAGGUGUUUAUAUACCCGGACGGCGAUCCCAACACGUUUUACCAAACGCCGAGGAAGCUCACUGGCAAGUACGCGAGCGAGGGCUAUUUCUUCCAGAACAUUAGGGAGGGUAGGUUCAGGACGGACGAUCCGGACCGAGCACACUUGUUUUUCAUCCCGAUUUCGUGCCACAAGAUGCGAGGGAAGGGAACAUCCUAUGAGAAUAUGACCAUAAUAGUCCAGAACUAUGUGGAUAGUCUUAUUGCAAAGCAUCCAUACUGGAAUAGAACCCUGGGAGCAGAUCACUUCUUUGUGACUUGCCAUGAUGUUGGUGUGAGAGCGACGGAAGGAGUUCCUCUUCUUGUAAAGAAUUCAAUUAGGGUGGUUUGCUCUCCAAGCUAUGAUGUUGGGUUCAUUCCACACAAGGACGUUGCGCUUCCCCAAGUAUUACAACCAUUUGCUCUUCCAGCCGGCGGAAAUGAUGUGGAGAAUAGGACAAGACUUGGUUUCUGGGCUGGUCAUCGCAACUCCAAAAUUAGAGUUAUACUGGCACGUGUCUGGGAGAAUGAUACUGAACUUGAUAUUUCAAAUAACAGAAUAAGUAGGGCAACUGGACAUCUGGUCUAUCAAAAGAGAUUUUACAGGACUAAGUUCUGCAUAUGUCCUGGUGGUUCCCAGGUAAACAGUGCCCGAAUAGCCGAUGCCAUCCAUUAUGGAUGUAUUCCUGUCAUUUUAUCUGAUUACUAUGAUCUGCCGUUCAAUGACAUUCUUGACUGGAGAAAAUUUUCGAUCAUACUCAAGGAGAGUGAAGUGUAUAAUCUUAAGCAAGUGCUGAAGGAUAUAUCUGAUGCUGAGUUUCUGCAACUGCACGAGAAUUUAGUAAAGGUCCAGAAGCACUUCCAGUGGAAUUCACCACCAAUAAGAUACGAUGCUUUCCACAUGGUCAUGUAUGAGCUCUGGUUGCGUCACCAUGUCAUCAAAUACUGAAAUGCCUAUGGCCAAGUGGAAACAACAUUUCCUAGUGGCCUAAAUCUGCAAAUUAUAGCAUCUUUAGGGUACGCUAUAAGAGCCAUCUGGUUCAACAGGUAAAGCCAAUCAAGACGUUUGUCUCCUGAUGCCGAAGAAGUUCGCAAAGCCACGGACACUGCGAAAUGCCUUGGCAGCUCGGAUGAGACAACAUCACAGGGACUCAAACAUCUCUGGUUUUCCAUCCAAUAUGUACUAAGAAGUUUCUAUACGACCGCUUUCAGUAACGAGUCAUUGAUCAAGGGCUAAAGCAGCAGAAAAAUAGGAACAGCAAUGUUGGCGUUAAAAAAUUGGUUCAUCAUUGAUCUUUCCUGGAAGAUAACCCCUCUAGAAUGAAGAGUGUUCUUU